AUGGGACGAUACGCCGUACUCGUAAGCGGCCCCGCCGGGUCUGGCAAGUCGACCUUCUGCAGCGCACUUAUAACCCACGCCCAGUCGAUAGGCAGGAACGUGCACCUCUUCAACCUCGACCCCGCCGCAGAGAGGUUCGAGUUCCAGCCGUCGAUCGACAUCAAGGAGCUCAUCAGCCUCGAAGACGUCAUGGAAGAGCUCAAGCUCGGUCCAAACGGCGGUCUCAUCUACUGCUUCGAAUACCUCCUCGACAACCUUGACUGGCUCGACGAGGAGCUGGGACAGUACGACGACGACUACAUCAUCAUCGACUGUCCAGGCCAAAUCGAGCUCUACACCCACUUCCCCAUCAUGUCGCGGCUCGUGACGCUCCUGUCGCGGACGUACAACUUCAAAAUCUGCGCCACCUACCUGCUCGAGUCGCAGUUCAUGGACGACAAGACAAAGUACUUUGCCGGCGUGCUGAGCGCCAUGAGCGCCAUGAUCAACCUCGAGGUGCCCCACCUCAACAUCCUCAGCAAGAUGGACCUCGUCGAACGCGGCGAGACGGGCGAGGAGGCAAAGGCGGGCAGGAGGAGGGAAAUGGAGAGGUACCUCGAUCCCGAUCCGCUCCUGCUCGCGGGCGAGGUCAACGCCAAGACGAAUCCCAAGUUCCACUCGCUCAACCAGGCCCUAGUCCAGCUCAUCGAGGACUUCAGCAUGGUCUCAUUCAUGCCCCUCGACGUGACGAGCGAGGAAUCCGUCGGAUCCAUCCUGUCGCACAUCGACAAUGCCAUCCAGUACGGCGAGGACGAGGAGCCAAAAGAACCAAAGGACAUGGACGGCGGCGACUUCCAAGACUAG